AAGGCGGCCAAAUUGCGGAACGCGAGGGGCGAGCGCAAGGGAGCCCCCCCUCGGAACCCCCCGCCCGCCCCAGGAGCGCCUGCAGCGGCGGCCCGGCGAGGAUCCGCUCCAGGAGAUGAUAGAAAGUGACGUUUCAUCCAUGAUGUCAGGAAUUAUUCGAAACUCAGGGCAAAAUCACCACCCCUCUCCGCAGGAGUACAGGCUCCUGGCCACCAGCAGCGAUGAUGACCUUCCCGGGGACCUACAGUCGUUGUCGUGGCUCACAGCGGUGGACGUGCCACGGCUGCAGCAGAUGGCGAGUGGCCGUGUGGACCUGGGUGGCCCCAGUGCACCGCACCCACACCCAGGUGCCUUGGCCAGUGCGGCUGACCUGCACGUGGGAGCCACCCCCGGGGCCCUGCUCCACGGCGCGGCUGGCAUGGCCCCCCCAGGCAUGCUAGGCCUGGGCCCCAUAGCCCAUCACGGAGCUAGCGUAAGCACCACUGCAUGGGCCGGGGAGCUCGAGCGGGGGUCUUCCAGGGCUGGGGUGCCCCACUCUCACCCUGACCUCUGUCUCCUGUUGUGGCCCCUGCAGAUGAACCAGAUCCCUGUGGGGGGCCAGCCCUCCUCCAGCCUGCAGGACGCAUCGCAGCUGUACUCCCCUGCCUCCCAAACACAGUUACCGCUCCCCCCAGGCACCCAGCAGUGCCCUCCCGUGGGCCUGUACGGCUCCCCAUUCGGAGCACGGACUCCCUACCCCCAGCCCCGCACGGCCAUCUACUCAUCUCAGGAACUUCAUCCCAAACAUUAUCCCAAGCCCAUCUACUCAUACAGCUGUCUGAUCGCCAUGGCCUUGAAGAGCAGCAAGACGGGCAGCCUGCCUGUGAGCGACAUCUACAGUUUCAUGAAGGAGCAUUUCCCCUACUUCAAGACGGCUCCCGACGGCUGGAAGAACUCAGUACGACACAACCUGUCCCUGAACAAAUGCUUCGAGAAGGUAGAGAACAAGAUGAGUGGCUCCUCGCGCAAGGGCUGCCUGUGGGCCCUGAACCUGGCCCGCAUAGACAAGAUGGAGGAGGAGAUGUACAAGUGGAAGAGGAAGGACCUUGCCGCCAUCCACCGGAGCAUGGCCAACCCCGAGGAGCUGGACAAGCUGAUCUCGGACCGACCGGAAAGCUGCAGGCGGCCUGGCAACCCCGAGAGCGCUGUGCUGACUCACGCCGCCACGGUGGCCAUGGCCCAUGGCUGCCUGGCUAUCUCCCAGCUCCCACCCCAGCCCCUGAUGACCCUGUCCUUGCAGUCGGUCCCCUUGCACCACCAGGUCCAGCCCCAGGCACAGCUGGCCCCAGACUCUCCCGCCCCGGCCCAGACCCCGCCCCUGCAUGCCCUGCCAGAGCUGAGCCCCAGCCCCCUGCCCCACCCUGCCCUGGGAAGGGCCCCUGUGGAGUUCAUCAACAUCAGCACCGACAUGAGCACUGAGGUGGACGCCCUGGACCCCAGCAUCAUGGACUUCGCUCUGCAGGGGAACCUCUGGGAGGAGAUGAAGGAUGGGGGCUUCAGCCUGGACACCCUGGGGACCUUCGGAGACUCGCCCCUUGGCUGCGAGCUGGGGGCCUCGGGCCUGACCCCCGUCUCCGGCGGCAGCGACCAGUCCUUCCCAGACUUGCAGGUGACAGGCCUCUAUGCCGCGUACUCGACCCCAGACAGCGUGGCCGCGUCAGCCACCAACUCCUCCUCCCAGUACCUGAGUGCCCCGGGGAACAAGCCCGUAGCCCUGCUUUGAGGUGACGGCCUCACCUGCCCCCCCAGCCCCUGGGCCUGGCAGAGAGCUCCCAGGGCCUGGUGUACCUGGAAGCAAGACCUCUCACACCCUGUUCGCGCCCCUGGCCCUCUCACACCUCUCUGCAGGAGGCCUUUUGGGGCCUCCCCAAGUCAGUAGGACAGAGGAUAGUGGACAGGCAUGCCAGUUUCUUCCCCCGACCCCAGUGCUCCUCCCAGAGAGGGACACCUGAGAACGAGAUUUCUCCGGCCUACAUCUCCGCUGGGCUCCUGAAAUGACCCGCAGCCCCCUGAGGUGGGACGCACUGGUGCGCUGUGGAAACGCUCCAGCGGGGAGGCCCUCGGAUUUCUCCUUCUGGGACUGAACAUCCACAGGCCCCGAGGCCAGGAGCAGAACUGAAAGAGCGGCCGGCUUCCCUCGGCCUGGCCGGGGCUGAACUCCGAGAUGGGCACCCGCCCCCCACUGUCCGGGCCUGCUCCUCCCGCAGUCCGUGGCACAUGACAGAUUACCGCACCUUGAGGUCUCUGGGCCCCCUCCCCGCCGUGUACAUUUAUAUAUAUUUAUUGGAAACCCUCCACACCAUCUCUUCGAACCAGGCCCGUGGCCUCUGGAAUGAGAGUCCCAGUCCCUCCCUGCAUCUGGCAACCCAAACUGCUAAAUUUCUCUAGGCCACCGUGACUCCAACUGGCAGUUAAGCCCUUUGCAGCCUUGGGCUGCUUUUUAGAACAAAAAGCACUUUGGAUACCAUAGAACAUCUUCUUUUUCUAAAUCAGAGACCAGAGACGUUUCUAACCGCUUGGUUGUGAUUCGGAUUACUUCCCACGUGCGCCCAGGAGGAGAGGUGCCCUCCAUCGCUCGGGGCUCGGGGCCUCUCGAAGGGCAGAUCGGGAUGGGAAUGGGAAGAACAGCGGGGGCCAUUGGUGCUGGAACUUAAGACACUCCCGAUGGAAAAAAGCAAACAGAACCAUGUAAAGCUUGCCCCACGUGGCGAGGGAGCACUGACAAAGCUGUAAUGUGGAGUAAUUUAUUGGCACCUGUUGCCUAGUCAUUGCCCUAUGGCCAUUUUUAUGUGGUUUUUUUUUCUCUCGUUACCAAUUACUGAUUUUGCAAGUGGCGGAUUCUGCAGACAGUGGGUUGGAGAAGGGACAGGAACCCGGGUCUGGGAAGAGAAGGUAACUCGGGAUCUUCCGGCCCAGUCGAUGCCAAGAAACUGCAGUGGUGGCCUGGACCACUGUCCUCUCUUGACCGACUCGAUGUUUGGCUCCUGCGUCUGGACGUUCCCAAACCCAACCGUCAGAAUUUUCAUCAGCCAGCCACCUGGAGGGCUCAAAGUUGAGGCUUGUCUCAAAGGACCAUCUUUAGGUACUUGCUACGUAGUUCUGGAACUUUCUGCCGAGCAGCCAUCAUCUUUAGACACAGCCUGGUGCUGCCCGUCUGAGCAGGACCGCUCAGCAGCUUUGUGCGAUGUGACCCCCAACAAGUUAAGAUGUUUGAGUCGUUGUUAAGGAAGACCCCGCGUUCAGGUGACACCAAGACUGUGAGAGUAGUGCUGAAUAAUUGUCUUUUGUCAAUAAAGGCUGAACGGCAGCUCUGUGGCUCGGAGGGGUGGGUGGGGGUGAAGGGCAAAACCGCCAUGUGUCACUCAGUGCUCACAGGUAAGGUCCCAUUUACAGACGGGGAAACUGAGGCCCAGAGAGCAACACCACAGCAACACUGAACCCAGGUGUCUGAUGUGAGGUUCCCAUUGGAGUUUCCAUUAUUGGGAAAACUAGCACGGCCAUCAUUACUGGCCCUCAAGUGCCAGGCUCUUGACAGGCAUCCCUCAGGCAGGGAUGUGAACCCCACUUAUUGCUCAGAAAGCAGAGGCGCAGAUCAGCCGAAGAGGCAGGACUGAGGCCCUGUGUGCCAGACUCCAGAGCUAGAGCUCGGGGGUACUGCCUCCGGUACAUUCCUGGGGUCAGAGAAGGUAACAAGGUGGGAGCAGAUGCAGCUUUUCCAGCACCAGGCUCUCUAAAAUAACUCAUUCAGUCCUCGUUACGACCCUACUAGGCAUGGCUUUGUUACCGCACCCAUUUUGCAGAUGAAGAAACUGAGGCUCAGGGGAAUAAAGGAAUGUCUUGCCACUCAAGAUAACAGCAGAAGGGUGCAUUAAUUAGGAGUCUAUCUAACUUUUUAAAGAUUUUAUUUAUUUAUUGGACAGUGAGAGACGCAGCGAGGGAGGGAACACCAGCAGGGGGAGUGGGAGAGGGAGAAGCAGGCUUCCCGCUGAGCAGGGAGCCCGACUUGGGGUUCGAUCCACCCAGGCGUUUAUCUAACGCUUAAGCCCUCCUAGGGAGUGGCUGACAGCCCCACUGGCUCCGUGCAUGUGUGACAAUUAGCAAGAAAGGAAGGGUAGGAAGAUGAUGGGGAAGGGUGGACCGGGCCCACAUCAGUGGAAACGAGGCAGGUGACAGGGAGAGGGCGCCCGCGGCACUCCCUCCAUGGCUUGGCUCCAGGGCGCCCCUGGGACCCAAGCCUGGCCAACGAGCACAUGACUGCACCCCACCCCGCCCUCAGUGAUUGGCUGGGGUAGGAAUGACCCAGGCCCUGUCACAGCAAAUUCGCAUCACCUGGGGACUUUGUAGAAGCUACAGGACAGGGCCUCCGCACUGGAGGGUGAAGCCUCAGCAGCCGGGUCAGCACACGGAGGGGCUGAGUCUUUUCUUGAGUCUGACACCUGCUCCUUACUACGGGCAAGUGGGCCCACGUAUGCACAGAAGCGAGGCAAAAAUGCCAAGGUCAUAAGGUCACAAGCUCUAGGCCAGAGGCCCAAUCACCACCUGAGCACCACCUGUGCAGGGGCCGUGCUGACCCCGGGAGAACGUGAAGGAGAAACAGGAGGAAUGAGACUUCACAGAGCCUCUCUCUGCAGGAGGUCAACUCCGGAGAAAAAUACUCCUCGCCACCAUUGGAUCACCAGCUGCGCGCAGCCCCGACCUCAACACCAGGAAGCCGCUCCUGACAGUACAGCUGGACCACCCACAGGGGCAGGAGAUGGCCCCAUUUCCCAGAUGAGAACAUGGAGACUCAGCUAGCGAUCGUGCAGCUUUACUUCUCCCUCCAGGAGGAAUCGCCCACGUUCUAACAACAGAAGGAGUAACGCCACUGGCCAAUGCGUUCGGGGAGCUUACUCUGUGACACGGCUUAUUUCAUUUAUCCUGUUCUGGGGGGGGUACAGCUGCCAUCCCCCGUGGGAGGCGGAGUAGUGGCUCCCCGGUGGUGACCACGUCCUAUUCCUGUGACUUGGGUAUGUUACCCCAAGGGCAGCGAAGGGAGCAGGUGGAAUUCAGGUUGUGAACCAGCUGCCCUGAAGCUAGGGGAGUCUCCUCGAUUAUCCAGGUAAAGCCUAUUGUCAUCACAGGAUCCUGAGACGUAAAAGAGGGAGGCAGGAGGCUUGGUGUCAGCUCUGAAGAGGCUACCUUGCCGGCCUGACAAUGGAACGGGGCCUCCAGACUGGAAAACACAAGAAAACGGACUUUCCCUUAGAGCCUCCGAAAGGACCACAGGCUUCAGAACACCCAGAUUCUGGCCCAGUGAGACCCGUUUCAGACUUCUGACCUCCAAAACUGUACGAGAACAAAUCUGUGUUGCGUUUAAGCCACUGAGCUUGCGCUGAUUGCAACAGCUGCCGCAGGAAACAAACAUCCCAUUUUACAGAAGAGGAAACCGAGGCUCAGAGAGGCGGAGCCCGCUUACCUGUGAUGGGUCGGGGCUGGAGGUGGGACUCCAAUGGCGCUCUGCUUCCCCCGCCAGCCCCUUAUCCAUCUCCGGGGCCCACCUGGCACCCAUCCACUUGCUGAUCUGAAGGGGAGCUGAAACCGAGGGUUUGACCCCAGGUCUGCCCAUCUCCCGGCCCUUUGCACGGCAUUGCCCUGCCUCGCGGAGUGUUUGCUCCUGAAGGGCAGCUGGUGGAGAUUUCAGGGAAAGGGACAGAAGAAAUGGACAGAAGGCGCAGGAGUGGAGAUGGUGAAGCAGGUGCUGCCUCCCUCUGGACAAUCCUGGUUGUGUCACACUCUGUUCCUCCGCUGUGUGAAUUCGGAAACUCCCACCCCCCGGGUCUCAGCACCUCCACCCUCAGUCCAGGGGUAGCAGGGCGAAGACCAAACCCGCAGAAGGCAGGAGGCACCGGAAACAAAAAUUUAAAGGCGCCGUGGGCGAGGCUGCAGGACCCCGCAGCCCUGGGGCAGGGACACGAGCAAAAAGGUUCAAUGACUCCUGAGUUAAAAUUACUUCUAGGCUUGACCUAUAACGACGGCUACUAUAAAAACGGACAAAAAAGCCAGUACGUGUUGGGGAGGAUAUGGAGAUCCCAGAAUCCUCGUGCCCUGUUGGUGGGAAUGUAGGACGGUGCAGCCCCUGUGGAACACCAAACAACGUCUUCUCCAAACGUGGAGUCCACAAUUCCACACCUGGGCGUCUACCCCUGAUGGAAGUGAAAGGAGGGACUCGGAGAUGUCUUUGCAUGCCCAUGCUCACAGCAGCAUUAUUCCAGAAAGUGACCAUCGAUGGAUGGAUGGGUAAAUGGAAUGUGGUGCUGUGGUCUGAAUGUCUGUGUUCGGCCAUGGCCCCCACUCAUUAGCUGAAAACCUAAUGCCGAGGUGAUGGCAGCAGGAGGCGGGGCCUCUGGGAGGUACUUAUGUCAGGAGGGUGGAACCUUCAUGAAUGUAAUUAAUUCUCAAAUAAGAGGCCCUAAAGAGCUCCCUGCCCCUUCCGCCAUGUGAGGACACAGCGAGAAGUCUGCGACCCACAAGAGGCCCCUCGUCUGGCCAUGGUGUCACCCUGAUCUUGGACUUCCAGGCUUCAGAACUGUAAGCAAUGAGACCGUGUUAUUUACAAGCCCCCGAGUCUGCGGUAUUUUGUUAAAACUUCCCGAACGGACUGAGACAGGAGUACAUAUGUUCAACGGAAUGUUAUCCAGCCUGAAAAACGGACGGACGUUCGGACAGCUGCUGUAACAGGGGUGAGCCUUGUGCAGAUGCUGAGUCAAAGAAGCCAGCCACCAAAAGACAAAUACUGCAUGAUUCCACUUCCAGGAGGCCCCUAGAGUCGGCAAGUUCAUGGAGACAGAAAGGAGCCGGCGGUUGCCAGGGGGCCGGGGGAGGGGGCAGUGGGCGCGUGUAAUGGGCAGGGCAUUCCAGCUUGAGAUGAGAAUGCUGUGGGGACGGAUGGUGGUGCUGGAUGCUCGACAGUGUGGACGUGCGUGACGUCACUGAGCUGUACACUCCAAGAUGGUUAAAAUGGUGAGUUUUAUGUCAUGUAUACCUUACCCCAAUAAAAAGAUGAAAAAUGGAAAAUCCUAGAUGCUUGGCCUCUGCUUUGCACACAAAACCGCUCAGAGCUACCUACACAU